CCAGCGUUUACGUUUUCGGUGUGAUGUCAAAUGUCAAAGCUGAGAUGUAGAGUCGUACCAUAGUCUAAUGUUAGACUGUGGACGUACACUGAAACGUAAAUUUUGCGGAAAGUGAAAUUGUGCGUGUAACAGCAACAAAAUAACAUCCAGAAUUCAUCAAUUAACAACGGCCAACUCACGCAGACACUAUUAAAAAUACGCUUGCACAAGCGAUAAACAACAAAUUAUGCCAGUUUUCCAAAACAAAACAUCACAGAAUUUUAUCGAUGGCUACAGUAAAAGAUUAGAUUAGAUUAAAUUGAAUUAACACUUGUUCAUAGAUCAUGACGGCGACACUUCGUAAUGAUAUGAAACGUGUCUGUUUAACAUAAGGUGCAGACACAAGCUCCGACAGUGACUCUGUGUGUGUAAAUACUUAUGGGGAAGGUUUAGCAGACUGGCUUUGAUAAAAUCAGAUGACACGGAAACCACAGUUACAUCCAGUGUGUCUUGUAUACCUACUGUGUUUGGAAAACACUUAGCAAACUUACAACAGAAAGAUACAACUUGCCACUGGUCAACAGGAGACGGUCCACUGCCAACCAACAGCCACACUUCUGAACUGCCCACUAUGACCACAACUGUAGAUGAUUUGCCAGAUGAGAUAAUGCUGGAGAUCUUCUCGUACAUGAGCUUGAGUGAAAAUGUCAACCUUUUGCAGAAGGUGUGCACCCGUUGGAAGAGUAUUGCCCAAGAUGCUAAGUUGUGGUAUGACAAGCAAUAUGUGAUUGGGUACACAGUAGCCGAUGAGGAGGCCAUAGCGACUUUCCGAGCAGCUCCGCAGUUGCGUACAGUUAUUGUGGAUAGAGAAGUUGAACCCACUAUCUUUGAGGUUCUGUCUAAAAGCUGCCGCGAGGUCACCACACUGGAUAUAGAUUAUCGACAGACCUUUCAUUAUACAAAAGUGAAGAAUCUAUUUGACGGAUGCAAAAAGAUCCGCACACUGAAGAUCUCGGAGAGGGGGCUGCUGGCCGACGCGAGGUUUGUGGACGCGGUGGCGGAACUGGCUCAGCUCCGCGCACUGCAGUUGAAGCCUUACCACAAUGUAGGCUGCCGGAUCCCACUGAGAGGCCUCGCCGACAGGUGUCCGCACCUGUGCGACCUUGACCUGGGCUGGCUGCACUACCGGCUGCAGGAGGCAGAGUAUUUCGUCAGCACAGAGGGGCGCGCACUCAGGCGCUUGUGUGUCAAGUGGACUACGGUCGAGAGAAGGAGCAUUGUCCCUUUGCUGGUGAAGUGUGCUGACACCCUGGAAUACCUGCAGCUGAAUACGUAUGACGUUGUAGAUGGAGAAGAUUUGGAAACAUUCAGGGCACUGGGACGGCUUCACAACCUGCGAGAUCUUAUCUUCGAUUUGAUACACAAACAGAUACCGCACGUAAUUCCUGUGCCAUUUAUAGGUGGAGGCCUCUCAAACCUGCAGCUACUUGGAUUGUGGCAUAUCCCUGACCUGGGGAAUGAUGCAGUGCUCGCCAUCUCGAAGGGGUGCCCAAAACUGCGAGAGCUCUCAUUGAUCGCUUGUGGCGGACACACUGAUAAAGCUUUCAAGCUGCUCCACCAGCUAAAACAGUUGGAAAUACUCAAAAUAUCCUCCUGUGACUGUCUUCGAGGAGAUGCAGUUCGCUACAUAUCUGCAUUGCCAGCAUUGCGAACAUUGGAAUUCAGAGCAAUAAAAUUUCAGAAACUAGAACCAGGUGUAGAAUGCUUCCUCGACAUGUCUGGGCUUUGCCGCCUUCACCUUGCUGACAGUGUAUGUUGGUCUAUACCAUUUGGCAAAUUUCCCGGACGACUCAUUAAUCUAAGAGAGCUGUACAUCAAUUAUUGUGACGGAGAUGACGACGAACUGGACAAAAUACGCCAGCUGAUGCCGGAGUGUCACGUCGAAGGAUCUCUCGGAGCCCUUAUCACGGACAGUGAAUGAAAAGUGUGUGUCGCCCACUGCUGAGGGGCGGACAGCUACAAAUGCUUAUGAGGAAGCUACCCUUUUAAACUCUGUGUAUCAGCAGUAAUUUUAGUUUUACCUCCUGAGGCUAAGUGCUGGGUGGCCCUGUAAUUUUAUGGCUGUGUUGUUAUCCCCUUUAGUGUGACUCUUCUUGUACCUAGUGUAUCUAGCCACUACUUUCCUUCUACAAUCACAUACAUUGAUCAGCCCUAACAUUACGACCACUGACCUACUAUCGAUACAAACCCACCCAGGUGAUAGCAGCGGCACUUGGCGAGGAAUGACUGCUAGUGAGACACAUGGAUGGUGCCUCUAGUGUCAAUGAGGGUGCUGUUAAUGCAUAGAAUGGGGGAAGGCUGGCAAUCUACCUGAGUUUGGCUGAGGGGGGGUUAUAAAGGCCCAGAGGCUCAUCAUGAGCAACACGACUUGCUGGGUGUUUGAUGAUUGGUGAGUAUCUUCAACACGUGGCGAAACCGAGGUGAAACUGUGUCCAGACAUCGUGGGGUUGGGCAGCCACACUGCAUUACAGAUGUUGGGCGAUGUAAGCUGGGCAGCUUGGUAAAACAGCAUAGACGGCAAACUGUGGCUGAACUAACAUCAGUGGGCAGAAUUCAAGCGUGUCUGAACACACAACGCACUUAACACGCUUAACAAUGGGCCUCCGCAGCCGACAACCUGUGCAUAUGCCAGUGUUAACACCAUAACAUCGGCAAUUACAUCUGAAAUGGACGUGACUUUUGCCACUGGACAAUGGCGCGGUGGUAGAGAAUUGCACGGUCUGAUGAAUCGCAGUACUUUCCGCACGGUGCUGGUGGGAGGACACAAACCCAUUGUCACUGAGUGGAACAUCUUCUCGACACCUGUACUGAGGGACUGAGCCAAACUGGUGGCAGUUCCAUUAUGCUCUGGGGGAUACCCAUGAAGCUCAUGUCAGGCACCAAGAUGACCAAGGGUGUUGUACAUUGAUUGGAUACCACCUACACUCCCUCAUGAUGAUCUAUAACAAUAUUAUGAAAAGAAAAUGCUGAGUUGCAGAUAGGAACAACAAAAAGGCUUCUCUGGCAGCUGAAGCCACACACUGAUUUUUGCCUUCAUAAUGAUCAAGUUUCCCAAUGACGGUGACAGUUUUCAACAACAUAAUGCACCGUGUCACAAGGCCAGGGCUCCAAACUCGCCAAAUCUGAACCCGAUAAAACACGUCUGGAAUGUGAUGAUUAAACAAGCCAUCAGAGCUUGUGCCUGCCCGCACCCCCCCCCCCCCCCCCCCCCCCCCCAGAACUUUUGGGAAUUAGGUGACCUUCUGCAGAUGUGGUGCCAACUCCCUCCAGCAACCUAGGAAGGCCUAAUUGAUUCGAUCCCUCGACGUGUCGGUGCUGUUUUCUGUGCCGAGGGUAUGUGGUCAUAAUGUUCUUGCUGAUCGGUGUAUGUCUGAAACGUGUUUGCAAACUUGUAUCCUAAAUUGAGAAGCAGGAACUAGUAAAAAUAAUUUAUGAUUGAGUACUUAUCCUUGUUUUGCUUUUAUAGCUGUUAACAUCUGUGAAAUGUACAAAUAUCAAAGAAAUCUUAUUGUCAUUAUGAUAUUGGAAAUUGAGAUUAAAGUCCCAUAGUUUUCUGCCUUUUUUCUUUUACUGGCAGAGAUUAGUAUAAAAAUAUUUACAUUUCAUGCAUGAAAAAUUUCACAUUUCUGAUUCAUUUUGUUGUUGUGAGCUCUCCACAAGCCUACUGAAGCAGUUUUAACAAUGAGCUGCACCUAAGAACUUCUCACCAUGACUUCUCACUUAGAACUGCUUUUAACAGACAUGUGCCUCACCAACGAUGGUGCCAACACAUACAAAAUGAGUGCAAAGAGCUAUUUAGUACCAGGGUAAGUCCAUUAUUAUCCACAAAGUAGUUAUAAAAUUUUAUUAUAAUCGAAUAGGAAACUUAAAAGAACAUAUUUUUCGACAUAGUGUCCUUGCAUUUCAACGCUCUUGGUUCAUCGUUGUACAGACUUGCUGAUGCCCUCAUAAAAGACAGUUCUCGGUUGAGCUGUGAGCCGGGAAUACACCACUUCUUUCACUGCUUCGUCCGAGGCAAAUCGACGGCCCCUUAAUGCCUGUUUGAGUGGACCAAACAAGUAAUAGUCAGAAGGGGCAGGACCGGGACUAUACGGAGGAUGAUCCAGUACUUCAUAUUUGAAUUUCUGGAGCAUUUCAGCAGUGUGGGCAGCAGUAUACAGACAGGCAUUGUCAUACUACAAAACAACAGCUUUUGACAGCAAUCCUCUUCAUUUGCUUUGAAUUGCAGGCUUCAGCCUGGCAGUAAGCUUCCCACUGUAACAUACACUGUUUAUUGUUCUGCCCCUUUCCCCAUAACAUCCCAGUACUGGACCUUGCGUAUUCCAAAAAACCGUAAGCAUUAGUUUUCCUGCGGACAGUUGGGUCUUGAACUUUUUCUUGCACGGCGAAUUUGGAUGUUUCCAUUCCAUACUCUGCCUUUUGCUCUCCGGCUCGUAAUGAUUGAUCCAUGUUUCGUCACCAGUAAUGAUCCUGUCUAAGAAUUUGUCUCCUUCGUUACCAAAGUGAUCCAAAUGUUUUUUGCAGAUGUCCAAGCGCGUUUGUUUAUGCAAUUGUGUGUUGUUUUGGGACCCAUCUUGCACAAACUUUAUGAAACACAAGUCUGUUGUGGAUGAUUUUUUAGGCAGAACCGAGACUAAUUUGCAGACAAUGUGCCACUUGGUGAGUAGUUAAUCAUCUGUCUAAGGGAAUCGUUUCAUGUAAACACUCAAUGGUUUCUUCAUUUGUGCCAGUAAACAAUCGUCCACCUCCCUGCGCGACCUGGUGCGACCAUUUCAGAAUUUUUCAAUCCAUUCAUAGACACUGCACUGGGGCAAAACACUGUUCCCACCCUGUACCGAAAGUCUUUGACAAAUUUUUGCCCUUGAAAUGCCUACUGACCACAAAAACAGGUCACUGAACAUUGCUCUUCUUUGGUGCAAAUAGACAGCUUACAAAGAUAUAACAACAAAUAAACAAAGCAUGUGUCAUCAUCGUAAAACGACAGUACUACCAAAAUAAACAAAAACAUAACUAAAUUGCAGAUAAUAAUUGACUUACCCUCGUAUAAAUGUAAUUUCUGUCCUUUACAGACUUGCAGUGUAAUAAUGUUUUUAUUUACAGUGGACAAUUUUCAAUUGAUUAUUUUCAAGGUUCCAUACCUCAGUAGUUAAAAAUGGAACCCUUAUGGGAUCACUUUGUUGUACAUCUGUCCACAUGUUAAAACCUCCCUUUUCGCAGGAAUGCAUAGAGAUAUCAAGUUGAAAUUUAUGUCAACUACUAAGGUGUAUGGUCCCCUGGUGAUGUAAAAAAUUCAAGCUUCUAAGCCAAUGCAAUCAAAAUAUUAAGCCAUUUAUGUCAUAUACUAGCUUAGCGUUUGCUGCUUUGCACUGUAUGGUCUGCACAGAUUUUUUUCUUAAAUUGAAUUUUUAUGUUCUUUACAAAUUACACCACAUUUUCUCAGUAAUUAUGUCCACAGAAGCAUAAUCUUUUCCGACUGUACUUAUGACCAAAAAGUGAUUUUAGUAGCAUGAGUGCAAGGUUUUUCUUAAUCAUGCCUUUUGCAUUCUUGGGGUUACAUUUCCAUAGGGACUUUCAUUUCCUAAUACACAUUUCCUUGCAUCUGACAAUUUUUAUACCUUUAAAAAAUAGUAUAAUGAAAUGCCUUAUUAAAAAUUUUCAUCCCUUAUUCAGCUCCUUCGGGGGUUGAAUUUCCAAAACCACUGAAAAACUUUUUUUUCAUACUGAGAAGUCGAAUACCAGAUUUCAUAGACGUAGCUUCAAAAAUGGUCUGGUAGUUUAUUAAUAAUGAUUAAU